GAGAGUGAGCCUGCUGGGCUUGCUGGGCUGGGAUAUGACACACACACCGUACAGGCUACAGACAUCGUGCCAUCUUAUGACUGUCGGUACCGAGACCUGAACGAGGCCAGUGUGCUGCCCAGAGAGCAGCUGGGAAGCAUCAAUGGCUCCGGGUCUGGACCUGUUAUUGUCAUCGGGCCUCCUGCGCUGAGAUAAUGAAAGGAUGGCCGAGCAGCGAUGUGGGGACCUUCGAGUACCGACGGAUGCUGCCACAGCGAUGCGCCGGGAUGGACAGCAGGACGGGGACCACAACGCGAUGAAUUCAGCGGGGGAAGCCGGAGCGGAGCACCUGUCUUUAGAAGAGAUACUGAGGCUUUAUAACCAGCCCAUCAAUGAGGAGCAGGCAUGGGCCGUGUGUUACCAGUGCUGCAAGACGCUGGCGGAGGGACACCGGAGCGGAAGGAGCUCCGCCGCCGCAGCAGCAGCAGCGGCGGCUCAGAGGAGGAUAUCCGGACCGGGGGAUGUUAGGAUACACAAAGAUGGGUCUGUGAUGGUGGAGCCCCAGGACUGUGAAGGUAAAAACAGCCCUUGCACAACAGCAGAGGUGAUUGAGUCUUUGGGCAUCAUGAUUUACAAGGCUCUGGAUUACGGGCUGAAGGAGAAUGAGGAGAGGGAGCUCAGCCCUCCUCUGGAGCAACUCAUCGACCUCAUGACCAACAUGGCUGAGGCCGAGAGGGAUGCUUGCCCUGAUGAAGGUUAUGAGGCCACUGAGGAAGAGGACAAGGGCGAGCAGGACAACAUCUCCACUGUUCACGGCUACAGAUACAUCCUCAAGCUGUGUACAGCUCAUCUACCUAGUCUAUCAGACACCCCCAGUCACUACCAGGCAGUGUGCCGGGCUCUGUACACAGAAACCAGGGAGCUGCGCACUUUCCUGGAGAAGAUCAAGAGUGCCAAAGAGAACCUCCGUAAAAUGGAGGAUAAGUCCUCAGAGGAGCCUGGCCAAGACCUGAAUGAGCUGCAGAAUGCUGACUGGGCUCAACUCUGGGUUCAGGUGAUGAGGAACCUGCGGGAGGGAGUCAAGCUGAAGAAGGUGCAGGAGCGUCAGUACAACCCUCUGCCCAUUGAGUACCAGCUCACUCCCUAUGAGAUGCUCAUGGACGACAUUAGGUUCAAACGCUACAAACUGCGCAAAGUCAUGGUGGAUGGCGAUAUCCCACCCAGGUUAAAGAAGAGUGCUCAUGAAGUCAUUCUGGAGUUCAUCAGGUCCAGGCCACCGCUCAACCCUGUGUCAGCUCGUAAGCUGAAGCCCCAGACUCAGCCUCCUCCUACCCUGCAUGAACGGAUCCUGGAGGAAAUCAAAUCAGAGAGGAAACUUCGACCGGUUUCACCUGACGUGGUCCGCAGGGGAAGGCUCGUAAUUCGGCCACUUAGCAUGUCUUUCAGUUUUGAUGCGUCAGACGAGCUUAGUCCAUACAUGGGCAGGAGGACGUCCAGCUCUCUGUCUCUGACCAAUGGAUCAACAUGUCCCAGAGUAGAGCCUUCUGGAUCUCAGUCCGCUCCCCAGAGGAAAAGGCUUCUGAAGGCUCCCAGCCUUGCUGAGCUGGACAGCUCAGACUCAGAUGAUGAGAUGAUCGGGCACACAUCAGCCAGCAGCUCCAGUGUGGCUACAUCUCUGCUGGAUGAUACAUCCCCAGAGUCUGCACUGGGGAAGAAAACUCCCCCCAUGUUCCUGCCCAUCUCCUCUACACCUCAGCCAGAGAGGCGUCAGACCCCCCAGAGGAGACACUCCAUUGAAAAAGAAACCCCGACUAAUGUCCGUCAGUUUCAGCCACCCUCCAAGCAGAGUUCCAAGUCUUUGGAGGAGUUCUGUUUCCCUGUGGAGUGUCUGUCUCUGACAGUGGAGGAGGUGAUGCAUAUCAGACAGGUGCUGGUCAAGGCAGAGUGAGAGAAGUUCCAGCAGUACAAAGAUAUCUACAUCGCUAUGAAGAAGGGAAAGCUUUGCUUCUGUUGUCGAACCAAAAGGUUUUCCUUUUUCACCUGGUCCUACAUCUGCCAGUUUUGCAAGAAGCCAGUGUGUUCACAGUGCUGCAAAAAGAUGCGGCUGCCAUCCAAACCUUAUUCCAGUCUUCCCAUCUACUCCAUUGGUUCGACCAACACUCUGCCCAGGGAGAGGAUCAGUGCGAUGGUCGCUGUAGGACAGGGGCUAUCUGUGGCUGGAGGGCUGGGAGGGGCUGCGACACCCCCCUCUUUAAAAAGAGCAACACCAGGAGCAGCUAAAGGAGCUGGAAAAGCCUCUGGAGCAGCAGCAGCAGCUGCCAAAUGUGACAGGUCCUCCAGCAGCUCACAGCACCACAGCAUCCAGAAGACCAUGUCCAGGUUUUCAAAACACGGUUCUUUAAAGUCUCAUGAAGAGCUGGAGCUUCCCCCGGAGCUGACAGAGGACUGGGCCACUAUGGAGGUGUGUGUGGACUGCAAGAAGUUCAUCUCUGACAUUAUUGCCUCCAGUAAGCACAGUCUGUCUCUGGCCACCAAGCGAGCUCGCUUAAAACGUAAGACCCAGUCCUUCUACAUGUCCUCUCCUAAGGGAAGAGAGGAUUACCGGCCCUCGGAACGAACAAUCAAUGAGAUCUGAAACUCUCUGUCUCUCUCUGGCUGCUUCCAGCUCCAUUGUCACAAUUAUAAAGACUCAACACUGGAUAUGAGCUUACUGUACAUGCAGACGUCAAUCAGAUAAAGCUGUCAAAAUUACAGAAACGAACCCAGGUGGGGGACGGUGUGUUUUUUUGUUGUUGUGUCCUGAUCAUCAUGAACAGCUUCCCCCAGACAACAGCAUAAUGGAGAUGUUUUUUUUUUCUUACCAUACCAUAGAGGAUCCUUUAAUCUCUGGCCAGAGAUGUUUGACUAAAUAGACAAGAACAAGACAAAGUGGACUGACCUCCCUCUACUGUGAUGGGACAACAGCAUGGUGCAUCUCAAAUCACACUCAAAUCAAUAAGCACAAAAGAGAAGAAGGACUGAUGUCUGACUUUCGGCACAGAACAGGAGACAAAGAGAGAUCAGGUUGUAAACCCAGAGUGAUGCUCAAGGAAAUAUUAAACCUUACAUUUUGUAAGGGUUUCAAUUUAGUUUUAUACAUAUCUGUGUCAAGUAAAUGAUUGUUUGAUAAAAGGCCACCCUUUAUUUUUAAUUUGAACUUGUUUUGCUGAUGCCUUUCCCCCGGUUUUCUCUCUACUGAACAUACUUGAAAGCAUGUUUCUGUUUCAAUCAUGUAAGCAGAUGAAAAGCCCUUGUUUCCUCAUACAUUUAUGGUUUUUGCAUUAGAAAACAUCUGCUUUAUUGCAGACUCAGUGCCAAAUAACAACAUCUUUCUCAUCUGUAUGUGAUCCAAACAUGGGUGAUCUCCCCUCAAAACAUCCUUGGCUGUUUUAUAUUAAGAGUUGAACACUCAUAAACUCUGCUCUGGGCAGUUGUCUGGUGCUCCGGUGAUUUAGUAAGAAGAGAGAGGAGGCAGGCUGCAAAAGGGCCAUAAUGCAACUCGGUACGAUCUUUCCAUCCCUGAUUGGUAAAUGCAUGGGUCUUUCAAGCUCCACACCACAAGUUCAUAUCAAAUAGCCCCUGAUGACAGCAUCAGAUAUAGUACGUAUGCAUACAUACACACACACACACACAUAUCCAUAUAUAUAUAUAUAUAUAUAUAUAUAUCUCAGAUAUUGUUAGAUUCUGAGUGGUGUAGGAAAGUGUGUGUUUCUAACAGAAUCCCACUCACUUCUAUCCAAAAACAGAAACUGUUAGACUGCUGUGCUCACACAGGACCCAAUCACAAAUAGAAAGAAGCUGAGACAAAAGAACAUUGUCUGACCAAACCUCCACACACCCUAUGCUUUUGGAAUCAUUUUUCAGUGAUGCCAUUCACAUGUGCAUGGAAGCAGGCACAUUACCCGCAGUACCAUGUGUAGGAUUUCAAACUUGCCUUUUAAUAAUUUACAGUCAAUAUCUAAAUAUUUUUGCCUUUUCAAAUGUACCUUUACAUUAAUAAAUAAAUAGUAUAUGUUCCUCCUUAACUUCUUGAUUAUGUUCCUGACUUGUUUUUGCAUCAUGUAAAGAGGAGUAAUGGUACAACACAUCAUUUUCACGUUACUUGUACAGAUGUACAGCUUAUGAAUCCAGCUCACAGUACAGGCAGCAAGAAGAUAUGUUUAACAACUACAACAUAACGCCUAUAGAUUUUCAUCAUUCAGUCUCAUUGGCAGGAAGAAACACUGACUCAGUAUUCUGAUUUAAACAUCCAUUACAUUCCAGUUCUUCCUCUCAAGACAUUUCUGCCUUAACAAUGCCUUUUAUGGUCACACUCCUACGUUGAACAGUCACCUACUGUUACUGUACAUACUUUGUUUCUAAUGGUUUGUUUCUAGAUGUGUUGCCUCAGUGCUAGCUCGACAGGUAGACUGAUGUAGAAACAUGUCUAGAGGGAAACUAUCCCAGUACACUGAGCUCAGUUCACAAUGAAGGAAGAGCAGGAUACGCACAGAAGAAACCUCACAGUGUGACAGACAGUGCCAUGCAUGUAUUACGGUGUAGCUGAUACCUUCAGUCUGUAUUACCUUCAAGCUGUACCUCCUUGCAGAGAGUGCAACAGAUGAUGACUGCAACAAUAAACAGUAAUAAGGCAAA